AUGCUUUCACUGUUUACGUUGAAGAAUCCCAUCUUCGAAGACGGUGUUUUCGAUGAGUUGAAGCGAGAGUUGGUCACAAAGGUACGAAACGAUGCUAACACCAAAUCCGCUCUCUUCUCCGGCUACGUCACUCAAGAUCGAGAGGCUCAUGGGAAGUUCUUGAGGCCGUCCACAGAUCAGAAUCAGUGUUCAGAACCAGAAAAGCAAAUACGAAAUCCAGUAGAUAGAGGGACUGAAUACGGGAGAGUUACAGUCCCGAAACGGUACCGAGACGAGGUUGUUGCCAAUUGA